AUGGAUGACGUUGAUCGCCUGUUCGAGUGCUUCAAAUGUGGCAUCUCUCCACCUCAAUCAGCUGCAAGAGGAAGGAAAACUAAAAAGCAGAAAGUAAAGCAAGAGAAAUUACAUGAGGAUCCAUCAACUUCUACUGAUUUCACUUCGGCUGGUUCAGAUGGGAAAAAACAGCAAUCUUCAACAAAUAUGCAGAAUUUCUGUACGCCGACUGUUGGAAAAAGGAACUUCAAUAAUGGAAGCCAGUUUUCCCCCGUUGUUUUCUAUGGUUCUCCACAAGGCGUGCCUCCUAAAAGACCGGCCAGGUUAUUGCGGUUGUUACAUGAGAUACGUGUUGAACUCGCUGCUCAACAUAAAUCAAGACAGGAUGUGUGGGCUACAUUUCCGAGACAGGAUGAGGCUAUGAAGUAUGCAAAAGAUUAUGUAGGUGUUCGUAUUUUUAGUUACCAAGACCAUGCCAGUGGACAAAGAAGGUUUCUUGUUUCAACAUAUAAAGAGUUUUGGCGAAGGUACAAAAACAUGAAUGCUAAAUUCCGUCACCAUUAUGAAGUUAUUGAAGAGGGAUUGCCUUGCCACCUUUAUUUUGACUUGGAGUUCAAUAUAAGAGAAAAUGCAGAAAGGAAUGGGGAUGAAAUGGUUGAUCUUCUCAUAUUAAUUACUUUUGAAGCCUUGCUUGAGAAGUACGCUAUUGAAGGAGACACUAACUGGGUUGUUGAACUUGAUUCUUCUACGAAAGAUAAGUUUUCUCGUCACUUGAUUAUCCGCUUACCAGGGAUUGCUUUCAAGGACAAUAUACAUGUUGGUGCAUUUGUUAAUGAGAUAUGCUUGCGGAUUCACAGUGCAAGAGGAAGGGAUAAAAGAUUUGACCAGUUAUUCAUUUCAAAAGAUUCAAGCUCUGCUGAUGUUCCUUGCCAGCUUUUUGUUGACACUGCUGUCUAUUCCAGAAACCGUUGUUUUCGUCUUCACCUAUCAUCUAAAGCAGGGAAAAGUUCAGUGCUUCUACCCACUGGACGGUUUAAAUGUAAAGAAAUGACUGAGGAAGAUGUGUUCAUGGUAUCCUUGAUCUGCAAUAUAGAUGCAGACUGUGAAAAGAAUCUAAUCUGCAAAAUGGAUUUAGAUUGUGUGAAGGUUUUGCAUUUUGAUGUUGAGAGAAACAGUACCUUCUGUAAACCAUCCACUCGAGAAUUUGUGCCGGAUGCUUGCACACACAGUGGUUAUUUAAGUGGAAAAUCACCAUUUCCAAGAUUAGACGAGUUUGUGGAAUAUGUUGCUACCAUAGGAAACGUACAAGGAAAAAUUCAUAGCUGGUAUUGGUUCUCAGAGUAUGGCUUGAUGGUAUACAGCAUGUCCAGAAACAGAUUUUGUGAAAGAAUUGGCAGACAACAUAAAAGCAAUCAUGUUAUGUAUGUGGUGGACCUUCAAAAGGCUGCGUAUUAUCAGAAGUGUUAUGAUCCUGAUUGCAGAGGUUAUCGAUCUCCAUUGCGUCCUGUUCCACCAGAAGUGUUUCCUGACUCCUCCAACCAAAAUGAAAGCCAGGAGUUGAUACUGCCAGAUGGCGAUGAAAACAGCAUGGACAGUUGCCAGAAAGAUGAGUUGUGGCGUGAAGCAAUGCUAGUUGCAGACAAGGUUGAAAACAUGCCAAGAAUGCUAGAUCUUGGAAAGGAGGAUCAAGUGUGGGAUGAGGAUGAUGAGUGGUGGAUGGCCGUAGAAAGCACUGCAUCACAGAUUGAGCUCGCAUACUGUGGACAUGCUUGAUUCUUUAUGCUGCUUUGGUUGAUUCCACACACCAUCAUCUAAAGGAACGAGUUCAAGUAGCAAUUG